AGCGAGUAUCUCGGCCAGCCCGAUGGAGAAAGCAAUUGAGUGGCAGGACGUGCUGCCCGACAAAUGACGAUUGAAUCUGAUCCGAUGCAACUUCGGGGGCACGCACGAUUAACCCACACUGUCGCCAUCACCACGAAGCGACAAGCCCAAGAUUACCGCACUCCGUGAUCCGAUGGCCCCGUCCGCAACCGUUGCGGCCGCAGAGCGGAAAGCGAUGGAGGGCAAAAACGAGUCACAGGACACUCAAGAACUCGUGGAUCGUUACCGAACCCAGUUGGGAGUGGGAAUACUUGGUAGCUCGCCACCGCCUGCGAUCCCCACAAGCUGCUCGAACCCAACGGCUAACCCACAAUCCGCCCGGGCGCAAAGGCCUAAAGAAUUACGACUACAAGUCACGCAAACCUAUGUGAUGGGACCCAAGAUGGCACGCCGACGGAAGAUGUAUGGGCAAAUGCCACCGCCCAGCACCAAGACGCGCCAGAACGCGACUCUCAUAACGACGUCACAUGGGCCAGAUACUACACCCACACCUUUGUGUGUCGACGACGCCGCCCGUCCGAGCCUGCAGCCAAACCAGGCUGGCCAUCCGGAUUCUCACGUGCCGCCGCUGGAGAAGACCAAGGGCGAGCCCAACGUUAGUCCUACGGGCCGGCCUGGGGAUGCAGUAGAUGGAUCACGCACCGCCGCAAACCUAGACGUCUCGCUGUCUACUCUGCCAGACCGCGCACCACCAGACGAGCUCCAUGUGCCGCCACCGCUGGACGGCGGGACGGUUCCUGGUUCAAAAAUGAGUUUUACUCAAUCGACAACGCAGUCCAACGAGGAGCGGACUGGCAGUUACGAUCGUUACUUCCCUCAUGACUCUCUUGGCGACGAUGAUGGCCUUCAGGACACCGCCCCGCUCGUGGACCAUGCCCAGGCCGCAUCACAUGAUCGAACCUCUCUUUUGAGCGACGACGAUCAUGGUGCUGUUAGGCUCCAGUUCAGCGACAAGGGCGAUGAUGAGACGGAGUCAGUUGCAGGCCGCGAGACGGGAGACCCGGAUCUUAGCCUUAGGCCGUCGACCCGGGCCGAUUCGCAGGUCGCGUCCGCGUCAUUGAUGCCGCCGCCGGAAACGCCGGCAAAUCCCUUUGCAGGGAGGAAUAUGGGUGUGAUGGCCCCCAUGUCAGAUCUAUUCAAACAGACUCAGUUCUCGUCUGCUGUCCAACCCGCAGCCAUGAGCCCCACGUCUUCCAGGCCAUCUCCAGACAUGUUCCUGAACAACUCCAUCUCUCCCAAUCAACCUGCGCCAACCUCUCCUCUCAGGAGGCGCGACCCUGCGCUGAACACCUCUCCCUCUGUUUUCCCAUCUAGCCCUCAGUUUCCACCACCCACAUCACCACGGCUGGACGACGAGGCAGUCACGCAAUUGGUGAACGGAUCAUCUGUACCCGAACCAGAAGACCCUGAAAUCCCAGAGUCACCUCGGCCCAAGGCACUCUCUCAGAAGGCCUUACUAGAGCCGGUGGACUGCUACGAACCCACGAAGCUCUCCCAGAAACGGCGGGGGCUCUCGGAGCCAAAGGCGAGCCAAGCAGGUGGCAGCAAUUCCAGUGACGAGGAAGGCUUGGCCCCCCGGAAACGAGCCCGCUCAAAGCGAAAUGCUGCGCCAAAGACGCUCAAGUCUCUAGCAAUUCCGCGGAAAGGUUCGGGAGCACCGGAUGAAGAAGAUGAGGUCGAGGUUCCCUCAACCAACAAAAAAGCGACGCGCUCGCGGUCCCCCGCUGCUGUACAGAGGAGGCCCAGAGCGCGGGGCCGUAGAAAAGACCCUUAUGAGUUUGGUAGCAAUAGCUCUACUCGAAGUCAGAGCAGUAUUGCAGACUCGCAGGAGAAGGCCCGCCCUGAUGCCGCUGCAUCCAGCAGGGAGGCGAUCCCAGAAACAAGUCCUCCCCCGGACGCCAGGUCGAAGAGGGCAGCUUCCAGGACCGCCACUCGUUCUUCCAAUCCUGCAAUUCCUUCGCUGUCAAUCCCGGAGAUACCAAGUGACCUUGCCGACACGCAGUCCCCCAGGCUCCCGCCAAUGAAAAACAAGGUCUCACAGGUCUUGGCGACUAAGACGUCACAGUUCUCGCCAUCGGCGUCCGAAAUUCAAGCAGCAAACGACGCGAGCGUUGUGCUGGGCCAAAAGCAGGCCGACACCCCGCUUGCUCCCAAGAGUUCUGCCCAUAGCUUGGCUCCCCCUACCUCGGCCCUGACAAGCUUGACGGGGACCCCGAACAUCUCGAGCAGCACCACCCCAGCUACUGAGACUAGUCGGAGGAGCAUACUAUCUUCCCCUGCUGGUGCAAAGGCUCGCAGGCGUGGUUCGACACAACCGCUUCCAGUUCUAGCGAACGAAAGCGUCAGGUCGGGGCGUGUGACCCGAAGAAGUGUACAGCGCUCUCCACCUUCGACCGACGAGCUCGCCCGUGGAGAGACUCCGGCCCCGGAACACAACCUUCGAACCUUGCGACUGGGGAGGCUCUCAACAUUAUCGGCCCAUGACCUCCCGGUCACAGAAGGGUCUGUUCGGGGCCCAAAGAUUUUCGACGGCAUGGUGUUUGCUAUCUCGUUUCAGUCGACAGGGAAGAGCAGCCGCGUCGCGUACAAUGGCCGAACCGAGAGUGUGGCGACGGUGACUAAGAAGAUCCGGCAGUCGGGCGGUAGGGUGCUGGAGAUUGGCUUCGACGAGCUUUUUGAGGUUCAGCACGUGAAAAGCGCUGCUACCAGUCCUACAGAGGCUCCCAAUCCGGACCCGGACAUCAAGCUCACCGCAGCCGCUGCGCGGGUCGUCGGAUUCGCUGCCCUGAUAGCAGACGGCCACUCCCGCAAAACCAAGUACAUGCAGGCCCUAGCACUCGGUCUACCGUGUCUAUCUGCUCGCUGGAUUACGGCGUGCGUGGACAGUAACGAAAUCGUCGACUGGUCUCCCUAUCUCCUGUGCGCGGGACAGUCCUCGUUCCUUGGCGAUGCCAUGAGGUCGAGGAACCUGCCCCCCUACGAUGCGAAGACGGCCUUGCUGCAGGAAGUUAUCAACCGAAGGCCGCGGCUACUCAGUGGGAGUAACAUCCUGCUUGUGAUGAAGCGGGCCGACACCGCCAAGACAACGCCUUACAUCUUCCUCGCCCAGGCUUUGGGAGCGUCUCUGACAAGGGCAUUCACUGUCGAGGAGGCACGCGUCAGGUUGAAGGAGAUGGAAGACAUCGGCCAGCCUUACGACUGGGUAUACAUCGACGAGAAGACCGACAAGGGCGUGCUCUUUGACGAAGCGCCGGCGGCAAUAUCCGUCUCGAAAGCAGCGGAUGCCCCACCUGGAUCACUCGGCAGCAAGAGCAAGAAGCGGAAGCGAGGUUCUGCGGCCAACUCUGCGGCGACAUCGAUGGUGGCGUACUCUGGCCCGCCACCAAAGAGGAUCCGGACUCUGAGUAACGAGCUUGUCAUUCAAAGCUUGAUCCUCGGGAGGCUUAUUGAGGCGGAUGAGAUGAAGGAGUAAUGAGGAGUAAUGGAAGAGGGUGUACGGAAGGACAGAAAAGAAAAAAAGGGUCGAGGUCUGUUUUGGCGAACCAUUCAUUUACUAGCAUUUGCUUGGCGCAACAGCCAGAAAAAGAGAUGAUAGAGGCGGGUGGGCGAGGCUGGGGGGGCCUUGGAGGAGUGCUACUUGUUCCUGCUUUAUCUGCUGGCGUAAACUGUACAUUAUGAGUGAUCUCUGGGCGUUGAUUCGGCCCUGGAAAUGGUCCGCACGCUUGACCAGGCACCAUAACACUAUGGGAGUCGGCCAAUUGUGGCAAUAAUUUGUACUGCCUAGAUACCUACCUACCAGGUCUCUCACCAUAAGUCUGCCCCUUGUUCCAUGUGAAGUAAGUCAAUAUAAG